GUUAAAGCAGCACUCUAUCCUCCUGGAUGGUACCCAGGAGUUCCUGUGCGACGCUUCUUUCACUGGAUGAGCCUUGUUGACACGGCACAUGGGGUUCCUGAGCCUGAAAAGCCCGUUGUCAGAUACAACCCUCCGUUGGAAAUCUGGUUGAAGCUCUACAUAAUCGGACACUUCACACUGCUAUUGGCGAUAUUUCUGCACUUCGAAUAUGAUCGAAAUAAUUUGGACUAUAUCAAUUUCACUUUGAAAAUCGCAUUUUUCCUAGUCACAAUGCAGACUUUUGGCGCAUUCUUCGAUAAGAGGUGGUACGCACCGUCAUUGGAGAUUUCUCGCUGUAUAGGGGUACUGACGUUCUAUGCCUUCUUGAUCCUGGAUAAGAUUGGUGCUGGACCUCACAGAAUUUUCCUGAUCACAGUUUUCGGCAUGUCCGCAUUACUUUGGAUCGGAUACUGUAUCCAAGAGAGAAUAACGUCUAGGCGAAGGGUCAGUGCCGCUGACGGCAGUAAAAAGGUGGCCAUAUCGAUUGUUUCCAAAACCAUUGCGUCAGAUGAAGCAACCGUUCCACCAGCAGUGCCACCCUCUUCUAAUGUCAUCCACUCACGGUUAUAA